GUAUGGGUAUGAAUGAAGAUUCCGUGUUUUUUAUAUUAAUCAGUGCAAUAACUUAUAUUUAAAAAAUCUGAAGCAAAAUGGAUAUCGACGAUUUCACUAUUGAUGAACUUCAAUUAAUUUCGGAUUUGGACAGUCGUCAAUUUGGUUUUAUAAAUUUGGAAGAUUGUCCGAAUAAUUGGAUUCGCGACGUUAUUCAACGUGCAAUAGCUGCUUUACAAAAUAUCAUUAUUUUAGCUCAUAAUAAUAAUAUUAAUGAAAACAUUUCGCCGCACUCACCUACAAAUAAAGUAAAACAGGAGCUGCCGGAAAGAAACGAAAUGCUCUUAAGUUGGCACAAUGACUAUGGCGAGUGUAUUUUGGGUACAAAGGAGGAAAAGCCGAAUUUUUGUGAUGAGGAAAAAUAUCGCGAUAACAAAGAAACGACUGUUCAACCUGAAACUUAUUGCAAAUUAGGUCACCUGCACUUAUUGGUAGACGAAUAUUAUGAAGCAUUAUCCGCCUACCAAAAAUAUUUCAAAAAGAAGCGCAAAGCAUCCUAUGAUUUGGCAUUUCUAUACGGCUUGGGUAUAGUUUAUUUUCACUUCAAUGAAUUUCGUUGGUCCAUUAAAACUUUUCAGUUACUUCUAUAUUUGAAUCCAAACUUUCCAUGUGCAAACGAGGCCCAUCUACGACUUGGAUUUAUGCAGAAAGUUUUGGGUGAUUAUAAGUCUGCAAUUAAGCACUACCAGUUAUCGUUAAUUGAUGAAGCUCCAUGUACGUUAACAAAACAGAAAAUACGGUUUCACAUCGCCCAUCUAUAUGAAGUCCAAAAAAAAUAUAAAGUUGCCAAAGAGGCAUAUGAACAAUUACUUAAAGAAAGGGAGCUGACCUUGGAAUUAAAAUCAGUUAUAUACAGACAAUUAGGAUGGAUGUAUCAUUGCGUUGAAAUAUUUGGAGAAAGAAAGCAUCGUCAGUCUCAUGCAAUAUUAUACCUACAGAAGUCUAUUGAAGCUAAUACCAAAUCUGGCCAGUCCUUAUAUUUAUUGGGCCGGUGCUAUGCUGGUAUAAGUAAAGUUCAUGAUGCCUUUAUUUCUUACAGAAAUUCGGUAGAAAAAAGCGAAGGGAACGCAGACACAUGGUGUUCAAUUGGAGUUUUAUAUCAACAACAAAAUCAGCCUACCGAUGCUUUACAAGCUUACAUUUGUGCUGUACAACUUGACAAAAAUCAUAGGGCUGCAUGGACUAAUUUGGGAAUAUUAUAUGAGACUUGUGGACAACCAAGGGAUGCAUUCGCUUGUUACUUAAACGCAAUUAAAACUACGGGAAAGAAGCAACACCGCGAAAAACAAGAUAUAAAUAAAGUGUUGCUUCAGCGUAUAAAGUUUUUGGAUACACAAUUAACUCAGGCACCUAUGCCGAGUAUAACGUCUAGAAGAAGACAACUUUGUUCAAUAGAAGAAGCUUGGAAUCUGCCAAUUUCAUUAGAAAUGAGCUCACGUCAACAACAUUUGCAUUCGUCAAAUCCCCAUCGCCAAAUAGGAAAAACUUCUGCUCAAGGUCCUCCACCGCCUUAUCCAAAUAGUACACCAGCAAAACGGUCGAAAGAGGGAAACCAAACGCAAUUCCAAACUGGUAAUCGUCCCACUCAACCGCCGCUUUUUUUGACACAACAACAAAUGCAAAUGCUACAGUACUUACAACAGAACCAAAACAAUUUAAAUUCGCAAGAGAGGAUAUUAUUACAAGAUUUAAGCAACCAGUAUCAAUUUAUGCAGCAAUAUCAGCAAAAUUGCUUUCAAGCAAGCAACCAAGAAAGUAUUACAGGGAAAAACAGAGAAAUUUCUGAACAAUUCGAAAACGAAGUGAGAGUUAUGUCUCCGCCCGCCUAUCCAUUAGUGGCUAAAAGCACGAAUGAUAUUUCGGAAAAUAAAACGGAACCUUCAAAAGAAUCCUUUCCCGAACAAAGUGAUUUAGGUGUAAGCGAUCAAGAACUCCAAGAUAUACUUUGCCAAAAAGAUUUAACGUCAACGCUUACUGAUGAUAUUUUAAAAACGUUUGAUGGUGAUAGUAUAGAUUUGAAGGAUGCUGACAGUCGAGACUCUCUCUCAAAUAAGCUAUCAAGCGUGAAAGGCGCUUUUCUUUUGGAUAAUGAUUUUAUUAAAGAAGAGAUAUUAAAAAAUGAAAGCCUUUAUGAGUACUACUCAGACGAAGCCGCAAAAGAACACUCCAUGUUUUCUAUACGAAUGGAUUCGAAAGAAAUUAUGGCGGCGGUUAAAAAUUUGCCACUAAAUGAACCUCCUCCCCCGUGUUCAAUUUUAAAUAUAAAUGCUCCUGCUCCAGCGCCUCCAGAUUGCCCGCCCCAACGUCUUACUAGAGAGCAAUUGUUACCACCAACACCCUCCGUGCAUCUUGAAAACAAGAAGCAUGCCUUUAGUCCGCAACUGCAAGAAUUUUGCUUAAAGCAUCCUAUCGCAGUAGUACGCGGUCUGGCUGGAGCUCUUAAAUUAGAUUUAGGCCUGUUUUCGACAAAAACCUUGGUUGAAGCAAAUCCGGAUCACAGUGUUGAAGUGCGAACACAAGUACACCAAUCACCCGAUGAGAAUUGGGAUACAAUUCAGGCAAAACGGGUAUGGGCUUGUAUAUCUCAUAGAUCACAUACGACGAUUGCAAAAUAUGCCCAGUACCAAGCGUCGAGUUUUCAAGAAAGUAUUAAGGAGGAACGAGAAAAAGGUAUUCAGAUGUCGGAUUCGGACUCAAAGGAUUCGCUGAGCAAUGCUUCGCUUAGCGGGAAAAGAAAAAAGAAUAAAGGUGGCAAUAAAAUGUUACGGUUUGGAACUAAUGUCGACUUAUCUGAUGAACGGAAAUGGCGCCCGCAAUUGGCAGAGCUUCAAAAAUUGCCAGCAUUUGCUCGAGUUAUAUCUGCAGCCAAUAUGCUAUCUCAUGUAGGGCACGUUAUUUUGGGCAUGAACACCGUUCAGCUCUAUAUGAAAGUGCCCGGCAGCAGAACACCUGGUCAUCAAGAAAAUAAUAAUUUUUGCUCUAUUAACAUAAAUAUUGGCCCUGGAGAUUGUGAAUGGUUUGCAGUACCAGAUGCUUAUUGGGGUGGUAUACAGAGCUUAUGUGACAAAAACAGCAUUAGCUACUUGCACGGUUCAUGGUGGCCAGUUUUGGAGGAUCUGUAUAAGGAAAACAUCCCUGUUUAUAGAUUCAUUCAACGACCAGGCGAUUUAGUAUGGGUUAAUGCUGGAUGUGUUCAUUGGGUGCAGUCAGUUGGUUGGUGUAAUAAUAUUGCUUGGAACGUGGGUCCCUUAACUGCGCGGCAAUAUUCGCUGGCUAUUGAACGUUACGAAUGGAACAAACUGCAAAAUUUCAAAAGCAUUGUACCUAUGAUCCACCUCAGCUGGAAUUUAGCCCGCAACAUACGAGUAACGGAUUCAAAGCUUUUCGAAUUAAUAAAAAUGUGUCUGUUGCAAACAUUAAAGAAUGUCAUGCACACCUUGGAAUAUGUGAAGUCAAAAAGCGUUGUAGUACGAUUUCAUGGACGUGGGAAAAAUGAGGCUUCCCAUUAUUGCGGACAAUGCGAGAUUGAAGUUUUUGAUGUACUUUUUAUACGCGAGCAAGAGAAACGUCACGUAGUACAUUGCAUGCCAUGUGCCCGAAAGCAAGCUCCAAACCUACAAGGAUUUGUCUGUUUGGAGGAAUAUCGAUUAUCGGAACUAUGUCAAAUUUAUGAUGCUUUUACACUUCAUAAGCCACAAACACUGCCACAAAGUUCUCCAACAAAUCAUUAAGAUAAUAGGAAAAGAAAUCAAUAUAUAGUAAUCUAUAAACGCCCCAUUACCAACUCAAAUAACUCUUAAGUAACUUUUGAUGCCGAUGUUUAUAAUCCUUUUGUAGUUAUAUUCUGUUAGUUCAGAUUUUUUAUAAUUUAUACUAGUUUAAGAUAUAAAGAGUGAUUAAGUAUAUCAUCAAUCAAAUUGUAUAU